AUGGCAGAUGCGUCUUUAUCCAGCUCUGCUUCUGAAACUGCCACCCCUGCGGCAGACCAAGCUGCAUCCAUCGUGGACGACCUUUUCAGUGAUGAAUCGGAUUUCCAUGGGAGCCAGAAAACCAAGUCAACAUACAACAGGCUGGCUGCAUCAUACAAUCCCCAGAAGUACUGGACGAUCCAUGAAUGGAACACUCAAGUGGCUGCCGCUCGGGGGAAGAAAGCGAAGCACGAAGCCGCCAGACAACGCGCAAAGCUUGCACUGAGGAAGCCACAGGCAGUUGGGCCAACCCCAGGCAAUCGUCCAGGUGACCAGCAGCACACUGGGGAACAGAGUCAGGUGAAUGCAGAUCGAGCGGAGGACAUAGAAAUGAAAUUCGACACCAAUGCCAACCUCUCCACUGCCGCGGAACAAGAUGCCGGCGACGAGGAUCGCGAAGACAGCUCCCGCAAGCCGCAGAACUUCUACGAGGGCCUCGCCUCUGCAAAACAACUCUCUGAGUCUGUUGCCGAUUUCCUCACCCGCCUGCCUCCCUCGACAACCACCUCGGUCUCCGCCCGAGGCCACCAUUGGAUUUGGAUUGCGAACCCGUAUCCUGCACCGGGCAGACGCUCUCCCGGGCAAGCGCGAAACACAAGCUCCAAUCCAGAGUCUGGUGAUGGCGACGUAGCCACUUUCCGCCAACGCGGCACACGUCUUCUGGAAGCGUACCUUUCCCGCAAACACGAGGUCGAGGACCAGAAUCCCGGGAAACCCCCUGGGUCCAUUACGCGCAUGUUAUGCCCCGAGCGCGUCAGGCUGGAAUCCGAUAUCAGGGAGCUAGCCAAGGCACAACGUGUCACAUCGGGGAAGUGGAUGCUCUUCCCACAAGAGGGUGAAGUUGACCGGGUAUGGGCCGUUGUUGCCCACGCGGUCUGGGAGGGGAAGUUGGGCACAGCUGCGAAGGUGGCGACCGCAAAGGGCGAAGGAGAGAUCAUGAUUGAUGACGGUGGUGGUAGUGGUGGUGGCGGGCAGGACCGAGAUCAGAGAUUGAUAUGCGUCUACACCCAGGAUUUCUCCGAUCAAGCAGACAUCAAGCGAGUCCUACGCGCCCUGAAAGAUCUUGGCUUGCUCCAUCUCCGCCUCGACCGAUCCAACGGUGGCUUCAAGACAAUCUACUACAAAUGCGACGCGUACACGCAUCUUGACCUGUCCAGCGGCAACGAGUACAAGUUGAAAGCGAGCUUGUGCUCCUCCAGGGACCUGUUUCCGGAGUGGUACAAAGGGGCCAGCACAAGCACCAGUAGUGGGUACGGGCGUUGA